UGCUACCGCUCGAGUAAAGAUGGCUGCUGUUGGUGGGGUUUUGUGUUGGCUGAAGAUGCGAACGAGAUGGAAAAUUUUGUGGCUGAUACCCACCGUUUUUCUCGCACUGCUUGUUCAAAACGGAAAAGCAUUAGAUUGUUAUUGUCUUGGGACCUGCCCUGAUGGGUCCUACAAUGGUACGUGCACUGCACCACCAGACAGCGACUGCUUCAGUGCUGUUGAGGAGGUAUACAAUGCAGAGACAUCACAGUUUGAACCUGAACGAAGUUAUGGAUGUUUGCCCGCUGAAGAAAGCAGCAUAUUGUGGUGCAAGGCUCACCUUGUCCCGCAUAAGGUGCCGAAAAUGAUUGCUUGCUGCAGGAGUGGUGACCUUUGCAAUAAGUACCUGAAGCCAAUGUACCAUAUAAGGGCUGAUGAUGAGUACGGACCUACCGUAUACCUGUACAAGGACACUUAUCUUCAGAUCGUCGUUUUAAUUGCUGUCCUAGGGGUUGUGCUGUGCCUAUGCUUGAGUGGCUACAUAUUCUACACAAGGCACAAGAAGUCUCUCGAGAGUCGCAGCUUUUUUGCAUCAGGCUGCCGUGAACCUUUUCUUCCCAUUGAAGAUGGAGGGCCUUGCCUAAAGGACCUCAUUGAGCAUUCCAUUACUUCCGGUAGUGGAUCCGGCUUGCCUCAGCUGGUUCAACGGACCAUUGCAAGGCAAAUACAAAUGGUCGAAAUCAUUGGGAAAGGACGCUAUGGUGAAGUUUGGAAAGCUCAUUGGCGGGGAGAAUAUGUUGCUGUCAAAGUGUUCUUCACAACAGACGAGGCUAGCUGGCUUCGAGAAACUGACAUUUACCAGACAAUGCUUCUACGCCAUGACAACAUCCUUGGCUUUAUUGCUUCUGACAUUAGAGGCACAGGCUCGUGGACACAAAUGCUGCUGAUCACAAACUACCACGAGCGUGGCUCUCUUCACGAUUACUUGUCUACACAUGCUUUAGACUCGGAGGAUGCUGUGCGACUGGCUCACUCAGCAGCUUGUGGUCUGGCCCACCUGCACAUUGAGAUCAUUGGCAAGCAAGGAAAGCCAGCAAUUGCUCAUCGCGACAUCAAAAGCAAGAACAUCUUGGUCAAGAAGGAUGGCACUUGUGCCAUUGCAGACUUUGGGUUGGCAGUGAGGUUCAGCAGUGAGGCCAACGAGUUGGACAUCGCUGUGAACCCUCGUGUAGGCACAAAGCGCUACAUGGCCCCAGAGGUGCUUGAUGAGACUCUUAUCCCGAACCGUUUUGAUUCAUACCGGAUGGCAGACAUGUAUUCCUUUGGCCUGGUGCUUUGGGAGAUUGCCUUGCGCUGCGUGGAGGAUGGUGCCGUGGAGGAAUACUGCAUUCCCUACCAUGAUGUGGUCCCCUCAGACCCCAGUUUUGAGGACAUGCGCAAAGUUGUAUGUGUGGACAACGCAAGGCCACAGAUACCCAAGCGCUGGAGCUCAAAUGGCUCAGUAACACAAUGCCUGUCGAAGCUAAUGCAAGAGUGUUGGCACCAGAGACCUGGCGUCAGGCUAACAGCCCUGCGCGUUAAGAAGUCGCUGGCUAGACUGGUCGUCGACUCCAGUUACACUGGGAUGAAGAUGGUGUGACAUGUCAGGAUAUUGUUUUGCUAGAUACUGGCCUGGGUGCAUGGUUCAACAGCAGGUCCUGCAGAUCAUGCUACCACUACUCUUAGUUGAACGGGCUUGUACCCCUGUCACAUGUGCACCAACAAACUCCUGUGAACUUCGUAAUUGUAAAACUCGAUAAAGGAUUUCCCAGCGAUGCCGCAAGACACUUUGCGAGCAUAGGACAGAAGCCAUAAGCGGCCCAUUAAGCACUGCUGUGCCUACAUCCAUGUGCAAAAUGUUGCCCCUGAUCAUACUGAAGGUGCUAUGCAUCAUACAUAGGGUUUAGAGAGAACUAAUGGUUUACUGCAGUAAAAGCUUGGAAAAAUUUUUUUUCCCUUCUGAUCACAGAAACGUAUGCCUGUAAGCACAUUGACGGCUAUGUCAACGGUGAUGAUGGUAACACUGCACUUUUGUUCUGGUCUCCAUUGGUUGAACCACAUGCACUGUUUGAGCAAAGAGAGACUCACUGCAAACUGUCGUUGCCUGCAAAAUUGCUGUGAAAUUGUGCUAUCGUCUCAAGCAUGUUUUCCUUUCCACAAUUGGAUACACUCAGUCAAUUAGCUCUUGUAGUACAGUGCUCCUACUACUGUUCGCUUGUGCUGCCAGCGCAACUGGCAGGGACAACGGAGCAUCUUUCACUCACUGCUAUGGCUUCCGUUUGCACUGGUAGUAAACUUUUGUAAAAAUGCUCAGAAUAAAGAGCACUACAAGAAAAAUAGACUCUGAUGAAGAAUUAUGGCACAAUUAUGGCGGCAACGGCAGUGCGCACGGAGGUACUUAUUCAAGGUGGCAGCACGGUGGUACACUCAAACCUCAUUAUAAUAAAGUCACAUCUGCCACGAAAAUAACUUCGUUAUAUCCGAAAAUUCGUUAUGAACGUUUGUUUCUAGCACUGUAUAUUUGACAAGACUAUUAUUCAUUUACUUCCUUAUAACCGAUAAUUCGUUAUAUCAGUGUUCGUUAUAUCGAGGUUUGAGUGUAUAUCGCAAGUUGUGGUGUAGAGUGUAGAUGCACCAAUGCACAUAAAUAGUUUUUAGGUAUGCAUUUCUAGUGGAUUAUGCAAUGAAACAACCUUUAACGUUAAAAUUCAUUGUUGUAUUGACUGCAGUGAUCUUGUUCUUACAAUUUUUUUCACAACUACAGCUUAGUCGGCGUAAGAGUAUACCCUUUGCCGUCUAGGGAGAUUGCCAGACUCCCUUCAUGAAAAGUUCCAUUCCAUAGCAUAAAGGUGACUGUGUCACCAAGCGCACCUGCUUUGACAUGAAGACAAAGAAAUUCAAAGGAUUUCAAGGGUGCCCAUGUGAUAGGCGUAUUAGCUUUGGUUGAAUCUAGAUGGCUGCAAUCACACUGCUGCUUCUAAGAGGCCCGAAAUUGCUGUGGCCAGCAGAUCAGCCAUUUGUAGUAGUUCGUGAAAAGCAAUUUAUGUUGACACAGUCCAGUGAACAUCACCUGCAGUACCUGCCCAUUGGAAGUAAUGCAGUUUUGGUGUUGCUUUGUUUCAUCACUGCGGCUACAUAUGUGGAAUUAAGUGAACUGCAAUGAUGGAACUGAAUUGCAUGAACUGUGGUUCUGUGGUUGUGACCACGCUUCAGUCACUUAGCAUUGACUUUUUUUUACACCAGGUUACUACGGUGUUUUAGUGCUUUGUUACUCAUACCAGCCCUGAAACCAGCUCCUACAGGCAGCUUCAUCUUAUUGUGAGUGUGCUACUAUACGAAAGCUCCUUUCCACAAGGAAAUGUGUAUCGCAGGGGCAUAUUGACAUUGGUUAUUGCUAUGGGCAGACUUUUCAUUGUUUGAGCUUUGUUUCUGUAAGUGCCAUUUUGUACAACUUUUGUUUUUGCCUAGCACUGGUCUGGUUGCAUUUUUUUUUUGUUAUCCAGUUUUUAAAAACAUGUAAAAUAGCACUCAGAUGGUUGAUUGUUACUGCACCAGCUUUUAUUUUGCUCUAUGUGUACAUCUUAACAGCUUUUUAAAAGUGGGCUGAAUUGUCAAGGUCACAACAGUCAUCAUAUGGCUUGUACCACUUGAAGUGCUACAAGCUAAAUGCGCAGUAAAAAAAGAAAAGUUCAUACCAGUCGCACACAGCCAGUAAGAAUUGUAUGGCUUUUUUUUUCUUCUUCUGCACAACUACUGCAUACCAGCUCACAUUUGCCUUAUCAUACUUUUUCAAGAGCAUAACCACUGCAAAGUAAUGCCUCAGCAUCUUAGCACAGUUUGUGAAGCAUAACUAGUGUUUUUAUAUGUGUAUUGUAGAUGUGCCCUAGGAUUGAAAAAAAGUCUAUGCAGGUAAGAGCAUUCAUUAUAGAAUAUGAAAGCCAAGUAUGUAAUCAUCGAACUUUGCAAUUUAUGUUCUGUUUUGCUUACUUUUGCAGUUGUAAACAUAUUCUGUUUUCUUAGUGACUGUAAACAAAUUUCAGUUUGUUUCAAGCCUGCCAUGUUAUGAGGUGAUGGCAGAUAAUACUGCUUACCAUGGAAGCCAUUGCUGUGCAGUAUGUCUGAAAGGUCUUUGAGGAUCUAUGCUGUUACCUCACUUGAAAAAGAUUUGGCUAAUGUGUAUUGAAUAUGUUAUUUUUUGCCAUCCUCAAUUUUUUAAGUGCUUACUCAACAGUCCCUCAACUUUGAACUUUGUUUUUGUUGCUGCUUCAAAGGUUGGUGUAAUGGCCAGUGUAAAUAAUAACUGUUGACUCAUGGUAAAGAAAAAAAAAAAAAGAAAAGUUGGGGUAAGCUGCAGAAGUAGGCAACAGAGCUUUGCCUUCAACAUGCCUAUACUGCGUAAUGACAACAGCAAAUGAUUGGAGACUGCAGAACAUAAUGGCUUGCAAAGCUGUCAUCCCACUGACUGCUUAAGUGCUCUGUAUGUGGCAAGAAUAGGUCUUCAAGUGCCUACAGGCUUUACUUUAAUGUUUGUAGCGACAGUGGUUACUGAAUUACUCUUGGCACAUUCCGUGGUGUGCUGUGCUAAGGCAUGCUGCAUCACUGUGCACCAUAUUACGUCUUAAAGGGGCCCUGCAACAUAUUUCCAAGUAAUCAUCGAAUGACCUCUCUGUAAGACUCGAUUGCCUCAUGAAUUUCCUGGCAAAACAAAAAAACAUAGACCCAGUUGCUCGUGCUUGAUGUGUGGUUGGUGUUGACAUUUUGAAGGAGAGAAGCGAUUUUUUAAAUUUUUUUUUGGCAUCAGAUUGUAAGUUCCUCUGCUGUGUGUGCUGCAAUAAUAAUUGGCUCACAUAUUCACAGGAGCCUUAACUACUUAUCUGUUUUCUUUACUAUGUUAAAAGAGUGUUGCAGGGCCCCUUGAACGUGCAAGAACAUAAGAAUUCAUUUGCUUGAUUAGUUAAUUGAGCUACUACUUCCCCGGUUAAAAUAGUGCAAACAAAAGAAUGUUUUCCUGGCUUGGUAUUGUUCAGUUACAUGAAGUGUCCUUUAGACAUACUCGCCAUUUUUAUUGCUUUUCAUUGGCUUUGUCACACAUCAGCCUUCAUACACUGUUCUCAUGUCGACGUAACAGAGUACAAUCUUUUUGUGUGAAUAUGUAAAAAGUGAUAUGUAACAUUUCGUCUGUGCGUGUCCAACUAAUGAACUGGAACUUUGGUGUUCUUGUUAAUGUACAUACAAUUACUUGUCUGUGUAUUGUGCCAAAAUGUAGUAGCAUGUAUAUACGAACAUGUAAAUAUAUAUAAUCCUAGACAUCACCAGUUUUGUAAGUGAUGUGGUAGUAGCAAGAGAGUGCAAGCUAUGAAUUAUUUGCAAUUGGCACUCCUGUAAUCAGUGUGACAGUGGCACUCUUCCACCCCCACACCCCCCUCACUUAAUGCAGGCCAUUUUUUUUUCCUUUUUCUUUCUCAAAUCAGAUGUAGUUGCAUAACUUCUUUGUACUAAAUUUAUUGAGGUCUUAUUAUGUACAGUCAUACUUGAUGUAGGCUGCAACACGCUGCCUGCAAUUGAAGGUUCUCCAUGACUGCAUUGCAGUGUCAGCAUGCGAGAAAUUGGUUUAACAAAUACUAGAAUUGAAACUGUGUUUAUUUUUUUGACACUAGUGUCAACACUGCUGUACAGUCUUGGGGCUCCUUUGACCAAGCGCUGUGUUGCAGCUUAUUUUGGAUGCAACUGCAUAUGUGCAAAGUGUAAAAGAAAAAGUGUACAUUUUUAGACUGUGUAGUUGGUGAAGAAAAGUUUUUGGACUAGCUGUGCGUGAUAAAUUGCUGAUGCGUAAAUUUCCUGGUGAUAGCAGCCCUGCUAGACAAUGGCUUCUGUCAUGUUAUGGCGCAGAGGAGUGCAGUGUGCUGAUAUAGCUUCCAUAACUUGUUUCCACCACUCCAAUUGUGUUUCUUUGUAGAAGUACAUGCUGUACUUUUAUAGCUGAUUAGCUUGUUUCCUUUUGUUACGUUUUGUCUCUAAAGUGGUGCAGUAGCAGGUUUUUCGAUUGUUUGCCUAGUACUAUACAUGUCACUGAUCUUCUGGUAAGGGAACAGGUAAGAGUCUCCUCGUCCCCACUGUGCCAGCAGUUGUGUUGCUCAUGAGCUGUCAAUCAUAGCUACCAAAAAAUAUGUAUAAAUAAUAUUGACUUUAACUGUGUAUAAGAAUAGCUUAAUCUUCUGCAUGACAAGAACUGCGUGCUAUUGUGAAAUCAUUAGUUUAUUGAUGCAGUGGCAUGUGCCUUUUGAUGAAUGUAGCCCAGUUCUUGGUGCUAAAAUGCUUCACAAACCAAGGUGCAUUGUGUCAUUAAUAGUCCUUUAACUGGCCAACUUGGAUAUUGUUUGCAUAUUUGUCAACAGCACUGCUGAUGCUAUCAUCGCUUUGACAGUACCUGUACCAACCCACCUUGGAUGUUUUUUACGGGGCCUCGGGAGGCACCACUUGGUCUCUUCAGACCAUACGGCGCCUCUGAUUAGUUGAUGCACCAUCUGACCCGUUGAUAAACUUAGUGUACUGUAGCUGGGGGUUCAUCCGUAGUUGCAGAUUCAUUUUUUUUUACUCUAUCUCACUCAACCCAUUUUUGUUAUACUAAUUAAUCUUGUAUAGUUGCCUGGCAGCUGUUUAUGUUUAUUGCGAGUCUUUUUGCACACUUGUGUUGUUCACCCUCAUUUAUACAUGCAUUAAGCUUACUCAUCUCCCAACCACCAGGUUUUCAUUUGUCAUUGAUGUGUUUAUUCAUAUUUUUAUCCCAUUAUGUUGUAGCUUCUGCAUUUAUUAUUUUACGGUGUAUGUAAAUGAUAUUAAAUAUACUGAAGGAGUCUGAUGCCACAAGGUAAAUCAUUCUCCAUAUCCAGUGGCCAAAUUGUUGUUUGAAAUGUUUAUCUUUUUUUUCUUUUUCAUUUUGUCAGACCAUGGGAAGCUUUUGCAAUUUCUUUUGUGUGUGUGUGUGUAAUAAAGAGGACACACCUUAAAGGGUUUCACGUUGUAGCUUGUGAUGCCAAAGUUCAUUACAUGUUCUUCUGAUGUAACUCCUAGAUGUAGUUUUGCUAGGAGCUCGCACCACUUUUUGCCCACACGGUGAUUUCUUCAUGCAACAAACAGGGCUUGUCCCAGCCAUGUUUCAGUGCCUAUUGGAACACUUUAUUCUGUGGUGCAUUUCACAGCUGCUUGCCUUGUUUUAAUAUGCAUUGGCAUUUCUCACUUGGUGAUUGGGGAUAGCUGACAAUCUCUCAUUCACAGCCAAUUGGGGUAUGCUUUUUGUGCCUUGCUGUACUGCUUUUUAUAUGCAAGCUUUGUGGAGGAUUGCAGGACGAUUCCUCAGCCCACGCUGCCUUUGGUACACAUCUAGGCUGAAGAGAUAUUGUAGCUGCACGCAUGCAUUUUAACAACUUCUCUUCAGCAUCUUUUGGGCUGCUUUCAUAGUGCUUUUUGGAUGUGCAGGUAGACCAUUUCAGAUGUCAUAAUGAUAUUUAUGUGUGUUUGUUAUGCCCGUUAUUUUCUCGUGUGCCAUCAAGUAUUUCUUAUUUAGCAGCUUGCGUGACGCAUUUUCAAAGCCCAGAAUUGCCAAGUACAGUUUUGAAGGUGCAAGAGAAAGGGUGCGCUAGUUUCCCAGUGUGAAAAUGUCAACUUCAAGCACAGCAAUUUAUAGUGUAGUGCUAGGUUUUUCGUCUUUUUUUUUUUUUUUGUCAUGCUUGGUGAUCUGAGACUUUGUUGAUGUGUCACGUGGGGUUAUAUACUACUUUUAGUUUUGUAUCUAAUGUGGUCAGUUCGUGGUGCCGAGUUGUACUUUCAUCUCCUCAGUGGUAAGGAACCUGACAUUUCUGUGUGUUCAAGGCGCUAUGCUGUGAUGCAUAAAAUGCCAUAAGGCACCCUAGAAAAGAAUGAGCUGCCCCCGUGGCUGUUUUCUAACUGACACAGGGGCUGACAGUGUACAGUUACCAGCAAAAGAUUGGGGACCAAUUGGUGUCGCAAAGAAUAUUUUUUUCUUUGCAGCCUAGCGUGCUGUAAGUGUGCACGUUCCACUAAUGCAAUGUGUUGAAGCAAUUCUGUUGCGUGGAGCUGUGCUAGAAGAAAUUUUUUUAUUUUGCUGAUGCCAUGAUCCCCCAAGCUUUUCCUUGCAAUUGUACAUUUAUGUUUCAGUAGCACAGUAAGGUCUGUGAUGCAUUUAGGGUUCAAUACUUUUUUGGAGGAAAGCUUGAAGCUUUCCCAUAUUCUCUGCACUUUUUUAGCUGAUUAUCAAAAUGGUUGGUUUUGUUUUCAUGUUAUGUUAGUGUGUAUAGUUGGGUGACCAUUCAUAUUCAUGUUUUUAGCAUUUUGGCAGUAGGUGUGGCAUUGCAAGUAGAGUCAGUAUAAGCAGUAUGCUGAAGUAUAACAUUUCGCUUGCCUUUAUUGCAGAAAGCAGUACUCCUGUCGUAGCUAAUUUAUUAUAUACUAACAUCCCCUUAAAGCAUUAUGGAUUAGUGCAAGUGCACUUCUCAUAAAACUUGGAAACUAAUUCUAGUGUUUAUUUGUUGUUACUUUUCAUGUGCCAUGGUGACCUCAGGCACCGAUCUUUUAGUACUGCAACUGAAUUUUCAAGAAUGAAUUCUUAAUAAUGCAGUGUGAAAUUCUAUCCAUAGUUGGUCAUCUUUGUUGCUGUUGAGUUUUGGUGUCCCCAGCAUUGUCCCUCAAGUUAUUCAGUGUGAAAGGAAUAUUAACUUAUGUGCCAGUAAAAGGUGCAUUCACCAGUACAUGUGUGUACUGAGUAAGUCUGCAGUUUCAUACCAAUGAGGAAAUGGAAAUGAACUCAGUCAUCAGUCCGUGCAACAUUGAUGUAAUCUUGUAAGAACAGUAAAUGUACAUUUAUGCUCA